AUGGCAGAAAACUGCAUCCUGUAGUGACUGAGUUUCCUUUACAUUUCUUCUACAUACAUUUUUUCCCACCUGAUCUGAUUUACAGAAAAACAACACAAACAUAAAAAAUCCCCCAAAGUACAAAGUGGUAGAUUCAGUAAUAGAUUAAUUAAUGUAAUGUUUCUAUAUAAUCUUUAUAUAAUAUGCACAUGUGAUUCUCACUUCACGGCACUGCAGCUGGUUUCAUAUUUAAUAUUCACAGUUAUUUAUUUAGACCUUAUAAACUAAGUUAUGAAGUUAUUCAAUUGGUUAUAAAUAUUAAAUAAUUUAAUAUUUGCAUGAACCUACACUACCAUUCUUACUAAAAAACACAUCACUCACACUCAAAUAACAUUGUAGUUGAUAAAACACAUUUUGUUGUUGAAAUGAACAAAUAACAAACAGAGUGAAUUAAAAAAUCUCGUUUACUACUAAAGCAGCAAAUUCCAGACUUUUAAUACUGAUUAGAAAACAGUAAUAAACAGGAAGAGCUACAGCAUAUACACAUUCAAUUUUGUUUAUUAGUGUGAAUAGUGUGUGUGUGUGUGUGUGUGUGUGUGUGUGUGUGUGUGUGUAGUUUUCAGUGAAUAAUAAUAGAGAUUAGCGGAGGUCAGGACUGUGGCAGGUUAUAAUACUUUUGCGUCACACUGUUGUUCACGUGAUGUUCUCAUCGUGUUCCAGCAUGUUGAGGAAUCUGUGAAGAAUCUCAGAAUGGAAAAGCGUCUCAGCAGUCCGACUGCAACUUGGGUCUCCCGUAAAUAUUUACUAACGCACAUAAACAUGGCAAACGCAGGGAUUACAGAUGAUACCAGCACUCCGACCAUCAAGAAUGUCUGAUAUUUGUGGUCCUCGCACGUUCAUGAUCAAGUACACCGGAUGCAAUGCAACACUCUAUGGAAAGGAGAAGGAGGAAAUCCAAGCAGCCACUACGGUUCUCCUGGUUCCUCUCCUUUACCUGGUGUCUUUUGUGUUUGGGUUCCCUGCGAACCUUCUGGCGCUCUGGGUUCUUCUUUUCCGCACAAAAAAGUUUCCCUCCACCAUUCUAUUAAUCAACCUGACCUGCUGCGACCUACUUCUGCUGCUCAUGCUUCCCUUCCGCAUCAUCUACCACUUCCAGGGAAACAACUGGAUGUUCGGAGAAGGUUCGUGCCGCUUGCUAAUUGCUCUGUUUUAUGGGAACGUGUAUGGCUCGGUGAUGUGCCUGAUGCUCAUCGCUGUAGACCGCUACGUGGCUCUGGUGCAUCCGUUCGGAGCCAAAACCCUGCGGAGUCCCAAGACGUCCGUACUGAUGAGCGUGGUGGUGUGGAUGGUGGUGCUGGCAGCGGUGAUUCCUCUGCUAGCAUCACAACAAUCUUACUUCAUAUCCAACCUUUCUAUCACGACAUGCCAUGAUGCUCUUCCUGAAGAGAGACUGAAAAACUUCUUUGUGCCGUAUUUUACCACGCUCUUCUUCCUCUGUUUUCUCUUACCCUUAAUUGUGGUGGUUUUCUGCUACAGUGCCAUACUGCACACCCUAGUGGCCGCCGGUGCUCGCUACACCCACCCGGCUCUAGUCACGGUGCUCGUCCUGGUGGUUUUCAUCGUUUGCUUGCUUCCCAGUAAUGUUCUUCUGCUCCUGCACUACUCCAUUGUCAGCAGCAAAGAUUAUGAUGAGCUUGAAGUGGAAUUUGCUCAAAGUUACAAUGGACUCUAUGUACCCUACAUGAUCAGCCUCGCCAUCAGCACCUUCAACAGCUGCAUCGACCCCUUCAUCUUCUAUUAUGUCUCAGAGGACUUCAGAGAGAAAGCCAGGAAGUUGCUCUGCUGCUCGAAAACCUUUUAUGAAUCUUCUGGAAGCUCCUCUGGAACAAUGAGAUCAAAGGUCACACUGCUGUCCAUGUCAAAGAAAUCUAAUAGACCUUGGAAAAUGGUGCAGCAACAUCAUAAAGGGGUCACUUAAGGUCAUAGCUCAAGGGGCGGAGUCACAAGGACAGAUUUACUGUGUAGUAACUAGUAGAUCUUUUGUAAGCCAGUUUCCAUUCCAUUGAACUUGUUUGCUUCUUUGCUAGCAUGCUAAGUAUCUACAUAGCUACUAAAAAGCAGCUUUUCUAUAUGACUAGCAUGCUAGCUCUAUAGUUAGAUUACAGUAAUGCAUAAUUGGUACAUAAAACUCGACUACUCGAUUCCCCCUGAUCUGAAUAAUCUAAUCGAAAAUACUAUGUGGCUAAAACCGACUGAACCAAGGGAAAUGAACAGGGGAAGUGACUAGGGGAAGUGUUUUGUUGGAACACAACCUCCACAGGCUGAAAUGUUUGCAGAAACCAAAACCUGUGUUCUGAAGUGAAGAAUAAAAACUUUGACCUUAAAGCUAUAAAAGUCAAGAUAAGAAGUUUAUAAUUUGGUGUGUGUGUGUGUGUGUGUGUGUGUGUGAGGUGUAUAGUCUGUAAUGUGAUUAAUAAAAACACAGAUGUGUUAAUGAAGGAUUAUAAAAUGAUGAUGAUGAUGAUGAUGAAGAUGAUGAAGUUGAUGUGUGUGUUUUACAUGUGUAUGUAGGUAUAAAGCUAUUAUUGUUAUAUUAUAUUAAAAUAAACAUUCCUGUCUGGUUUUUAUUUUAAUUUUUCGAAAUUAAACAGUUGAAAUCA